AUGCCUCCAAGGUCAACGCUACGUAGUGAUGAAUCACUAUUUGCGUGCGACUUUCCGGGCUGUAGCUCGCGAUAUCGACGGAAGGAGCAUCUCAAGAGACAUCAAGCCAACCACGAAAGACAAGGCAAUGUGCCUUCCAUACUAAUACCACACAGGGAUCUCUUACGCCGGCAUAUCCGCAACUACCAUCCUCAAUCCCAGCUCCCCGCAUCUCGAUCCCUGAAGGCAUGCUCAGCAUGUCGUCAGCGGAAAGAGAUUUGCAAAGGGGGCUCACCUUGCAAGGCGUGUGAGCAGCGGGAGAUCGAUUGCUCACUCGUUGAGCAAUCUUCGCCGGCAGGCCACCCGGGUCGCAAUCAGUCGGGCCCAGAAAUUCCUGAAAGCCUGUCAAUGCAUGACUACGUGAAAAGUUACUUUGAUCACUUCCACCCGGAAUGGCCAUUUCUCCAUGAGUCAACCUUUGAUCCCGCGAAAGAACCAGGUGUAUUGGUUCAAUCUGUUAUCAUGCUGGGAAUGUGGGCCCAGGGUAGCAGAAGCUCCAAAAAUGCGGCAAUUGCCCUGCAUAGCCGGUUGGCCUCAGCCAUCCAAAGCCAACGUAGCCAAUGGGACCAUUCGAGUGCGGAGCCAGAUCAGAUAAUUGGCAUCAAAUGGCCUAUUGCUACGUAUCAAAGUGUGCUACUGCAGGUCAUCUUUUCUAUCUUUACCACCAGAGAUUCCGGUGGCGUUGACUUCGGACUUCGACACCGCAUCCCUGCUGAGAAUUACAGCCUUCUUACCGCUUUGGUACAAAGUUGUCGCAAUUUGGGUAUUUUCUCAUAUCCAGAAAUGUUGACCCAAUACCCCGCUGGCACCCCAAUCACAAUGAUUUGGGUAGGUGUGGAAGAGACGAAGCGAUUCGCAUUGGCGUUGUACAAGGUGACGCAUAUUUGCACCACAGUGGACAGACAGGCAAACGCCAGCGUGAAGCUAAUGACUGUCGCAGACCUUGCUUUCAGUAUGCCCUAUAGCGAUGAGACUUGGAAUCUCUCGAAGGAAACCGAGGGUCAAACUCUUUCCAAGGCCACAGCACAAGCCAGUCAGAAAAGGGACGGAGACAAUGAGAAAUGGAUCAAUAGCUCUUUUACGACGCUUAGUGAUCCCGAAGUCAGCUUCGAUUGGAUCUAG